GUCCCUGGAGCGACCUGCCGGAAGCGCUGGGCGGCUCUGUAAGUUUCCUGGUGUCUCACGCGGCAGCGACAAGUCAAGAUGUCAGCGCCAGAGGCCCCAGGGGAUGCUCAGGGCGACGCCGACCGCGGGGACCUUUCCGGGGACCUCCGUAGUGUGCUGGUCACCAGCGUGCUCAACCUCGAGCGGCUAGAUGAGGAUCUCUUCAGAGGAAGGCAUUACUGGGUACCCACGUCCCAGCGGCUCUUUGGGGGUCAAAUUGUGGGCCAAGCCCUGGUAGCUGCAGCCAAGUCUGUGAGUGAAGACAUCCACGUGCACUCCCUGCACUGCUACUUUGUUCGGGCAGGGGACCCAAAGGUGCCGGUGCUGUACCACGUGGAGCGGACACGAACAGGAGCGAGUUUCUCAGUGCGCUCCGUGAAGGCCGUGCAGCAUGGCCAGGCCAUCUUCAUCUGCCAGGCCUCCUUCCAGCAGAUGCAGCCCAGCCCCCUGCAGCACCAGUUUUCCAUGCCCACUGUGCCCCCACCAGAAGAGCUGCUGGACCGUGAGGCCCUCAUUGACCAGUAUUUAAGGGACCCCAACCUCCACGAGAAAUACCGAGUGGGUCUGAACCGAAUUGCUGCCCGUGAGGUGCCUAUUGAGAUCAAGCUGGUGAACCCACCCACCCUGAGCCAGCGACAGACACUGGAGCCCAAGCAGAUGUUCUGGGUGCGAGCCCGGGGCUAUAUUGGGGAGGGCGACAUCAAGAUGCACUGCUGCGUGGCUGCGUACAUCUCUGACUACGCCUUCCUGGGCACCGCACUGCUGCCCCACCAGCCCAAGUACAGAGUGAAGUUCAUGGUCUCGCUGGACCACUCCAUGUGGUUCCACGCCCCGUUCCGAGCUGACCACUGGAUGCUCUAUGAGUGCGAGAGCCCCUGGGCUGGGAGGGGCAGGGUCUCACUAUGCAGCUGACUUUCCUAGAACUGAGACCCACAUAUCUCUGUGAAUGUGCGUGCUGCUGUACCCCAGAAUUUUUUUUUUUUUUAAACCAGAGUCUCAUGUAGCCCCUGCCAGUUUUGAACUCUGUAUGGAGUGGAGUCUGGCCUUGAACUCCUGAUCAUCCUGCCUCCACCUCCCAAGUGUUGGGAGCCACCAUGCCGUAUCUCAGUUCUUUUCAUCUGAAUAAAUAGGCUCCUAAUAGACAGCACUAUCUGACCCUAGUGAGCCAUCAGACGGCCACUUGAGGGAGCUGCUUCUAAGAAGAUUGCAUUGUGCCCCAGAAGGUCCUGGGUCGCCUCCAGGAAACUUGCUUUUUUUAAAAAUCUCAGAUUAACCUCAAACUCACUAUAUCACUAACGGUGACCACUACUUAAGCCUCUCCCUCCUCUCGAGUGCUAGGAUUACAGGUGUGUGUCACCAUGCCCAGUUCAUGCAGUGCUCAAACCCAGGGUCCCUUGUAUGCGGCAAGGACUUCACUGAGCUACAUCCUCACUGAAGUGUGGGUUUUUGUUGGUGGAGUUUUUGUUGUUUUUUUGUUUUGUUUUGUAAGACAGGGUUUCUCUGUGUAUCCCUGGCUGUCCUCGAACUCACAGAGAUCUGCCUGCCUCUGCCUCCCCAGUGCUGGGAUUACCACGACCACCCAGCUGCACACUGUUUCUAAGGAGCGCCCUGGCCGAUUCUUCGAGUUAGCACACUCUGUAGUCUCUAAGGAUGUCACUUCUAGAUGCUCCUUGCAGGGAAAGAGAGAAACCCGGACUCAUCAAUGUCUGGUGUUAGAGCCCGGGCUUCUUUUAUAAUGAAGUACACUUCAAAGGAAGAAAAGCUUUGCUUUAUAAAACGGAGAAACUUAAGCAACUCCCUGUAGUCGGGAAAGGGUUACUCAAGUAUCAACAACAUGACAGGACAAGAUUCUGACCUUGAAGUUGGGACGCUCAGUCAGCUUUGGCUUGAUCCUCUUUGUACUUUAGUGUCAUUGUCUGGAAAACAGGACAAGGAAUGAAGCCCACGCUCUACAGCUACAGUGGGCUCUGCUGUAUGUAAGGAAACCCGAAGUUGGCCUCCUGAGGAUAACUCUGACUCAGGCCAGAGCCACCAAGGGAAAGAGCGAGCCUCUAGAUGGAGCCCAAAAGGAGGCCACACCUCAAGGUCUCAGGUCCUCUCUGGGCAACACCCCCUGGUGGUAGUUUGGGUGAAUUACCUGCUGGGAGGACUUGAAUUGGGAUUUCUGACAAGUGGCCAGUUUGUCAAGUCUUUUGAGACUGUUGUCAAAGCACCUCUCUCUGUGAUCCUUUUGAGGAAGCGAGCACUUUCCUCUUGAAAAGUGCUUUUAAACCAUGAAAUGAAAGCCUCCCAGUGUUGUAACAGGCUCAUGGUGGGUAUUCCGAUGGGCUCUUGUGUGGGGCAAGCUCUGCCUCCUGUCAAACCCCUUUGCAGACCAGGCAGGCUUGUACCGAAGUAGAGUCCAUUCUCACCAUUCUCCUUGCCCACAGGUGGCUCUCGAGGGCUAGUGCAUGGGCGGCUGUGGCGUCGGGAUGGGGUUCUUGCUGUGACCUGUGCCCAGGAGGGUGUGAUCCGAUUGAAGCCUCCGGUAUCAGAGAGUAAGCUAUAGUCAAAAAGGACUGACUCGACCUGGGGCUUAAAGGACUCUUUCACUGCCAUUCCUGAGGCAGGAGUCUCAGUUGAGAGCUGCGCUUCCUGCCCUUACAUCCAAUAAAGAGAUUGCUAACACUGGA